ACGACGUCCAGGAAGCGUACAACCUCAUCCAGGAUCUGGUUCCCACCACGCCUCAGGAGUACAUUUUAAAGGGAGUGGUAAACGCUGCGCGCGGACAGGAGAUCGGAUCGAGAGAACUCUUAAAAAAUGCAGAGAAGUUGUUUCAGUUGGUUGGAGGAUCAGCCAGUGAAUGUGACACGAUUCCCGGCCGGCUGUGCAUGGCGUCCUGCUUCUUCCUUCUGAGGCAGUUUAAAGACGUUCUCAUUUAUCUGAACUCCGUCAAGGAUUACCUCUUUAAUGACGACACGUUCAAGUUCAACUGUGCUCAGGCUAAAGCUGCUGUUGGGAAGUACAAAGAAGCAGAAGAGAUUUUUCUGUCCAUUCAGAGUGAAAAGAUCAAAAACGACUUCAUUUACGUCAGCUGGCUGGCACGAUGCUACAUCAUGAACCAGAAGGGCCAGCUGGCCUGGGAGCUGUACCUGAAGAUGGGGACUCCCUUCAGCCUGCUGCAGCUUAUUGCUAAUGAGUGCUAUAAGAUGGGUCAGUUCUACUAUGCAGCCAAAGCCUUUGAUGCUCUGGAGAAACUGGAUCCGGAUUCCAAUUACUGGGAGGGCAAACGGGGGGCAUGUGUCGGUGUCUUUCAGCUCAUUGUGGCAAACAAGGAGUCCAAGGAGACUCUGAAAGAGGUUCUGGCACUACUUAGAGAUUCUGGAAACCCUCAGGUUGAAUACAUCAUCCGUACCAUGAGGAAGUGGGCCAAAGACAACAGAGUCCUCUUGUUGUGACAAUCUUCAGCAUCAAACAUGUGCUCACGGAAUGUAUUUAUAAAGGAAAUGUGUCAGUUUUGGCUAAAACUUGGUUGAAAGUUGUUCCUAUAGAUCUAUAUUUCUAUUAAAGUGUUGUUUUGUUGUUACUUUUGAAUAGAUUUGUUGAUUUUCCAGAAAUAACUGACAUGUCAGUAAAAAAUAAAUCUCUCAAUAAUAAGAAAUA